ACAAUGGAGAGGGUGGUGGCACUGGCAAGGGCAAAUGCAGUGGUGAUGUUCAGCAAGAGCUCAUGCUGCAUGUGCCAUGCUGUGAAGAGGUUCUUCUGUGAUCUUGGGGUGAACAUAGUUGUGCAUGAGCUUGACGAGGACCCAAGGGGGAAGGAGAUGGAAAAGGCGCUUGCAAGGCUGAUUGGCCGGGGACCGGCUGUCCCGGCCGUCUUCAUCGGUGGCCGGCUGGUCGGUCCGACUGACAAGGUCAUGGCUGACCAUCUCAAUGGCACCUUGGUCCCUCAGCUCAGGGAAGCUGGGGCCCUCUGGCUGUGA